UCAGGGAGGGGAGCAACAGGGACUUGGCGCAGAAGUGUCAAGCAAUGCGCCACAUAUUCCUUUCAAGGCCGUUAAACUUUCCGUCUCCAACAUUAAGGAAAAUAUAGCUUAUAUCAAGAGGCCAACAGGAGUUCAACCCUCCAAAGGUAUGUUUUCGUGUACACGACUCAUCUUUUAUACUGUGUUCUGAGCAAUGAUAAUAAUGUCACUAGGCUAUAACAAUAUAAUUAUACGUUUUUCUACAAAUACAAAUACACAUAAGUACUCUAAACAAAAUGUGUAAUAAGUUAAAAACUUCGGACAUAAAAGAGGUAAACGUUUUUCAUUAUUUGAUAAACUAAUGUUUAAGUUUAGUUGAAGUUAUUUCGAAAUCUUAGAUUUUUAAAUACAUUUGUUCGCCUGGUUUGACAUCUGGUAACCUAAGAUGCAUGGCCUUUUUAUUUGGUCAACAGAUCUCAGAUCACUCUGAACGAAUCUAUGCUGCAAGAAUAACCUGAAUUAACCUAACCAAUUAUUUCAAUGAGAUCACAUAGGACUCAACCUUGACAGUCAGGCCUAUAUUAUUUUAACAAUGUAGUAUUUUUUACAUGGUUUCCAAUUGGCUGUUUUACUAUCAUAUAAGGAUUACAUUUUUUAACAGAUUAGCCAUGCCUCGCUCCUUUCUGGUGAAGAGCAAAAGAUGCGCAUCGUACAACGUCCACCGUGUCUGUGAGGGUGUCCCUGUGGAACCAAGACACCCGUCAAACCCGGUACCGGUCUCAACGGCACUGGAACCUCUGGAGCUCUCCAACACUUUGUUUCAGGAGGAGUCACAGUCUGGUGGUCUCCCCUCCCAGUUACACUUGUGCUCUAACAUCAAGUUUGAGCAGGAGCCAGAGUGCCCAGUACCAUCACUGCCUGAACCCACCCUGCCACCUCUCACUCCAGGGAGACCAUAUUAUAUGUCAGAACCUCAGCUGGCUGAGUUCCCUCCAUACUACAAGCACUCUUAUGGCUGGGAGCAUCUACCCACGCCCUAUGACUUCCCCCGGAUGGGUUUCCCCUCUUCCUUGCUCCAGCACACCGCCAGCCUAUAUGGUGCCCACCUCAAGCGGAGGCCCCUAGACACGCCACAGCCCCGUGACUGCAGCACACACUAUUCACCCACCUCCGACACUUACCACUGCAUUACCUGUGAGAAGGUCUUCUCCACUCCUCACGGACUGGAGGUGCACGUGCGACGCUCCCACAGCGGUACCAGGCCGUUCGGCUGCAGCAUUUGCAGGAAGACCUUCGGCCACGCCGUUAGCCUGGAGCAGCACAUGAACGUUCACUCCCAGGAGAGGAGCUUUGAGUGUAAAAUGUGUGGGAAGACAUUCAAGCGCUCCUCCACCCUCUCCACCCACCUGCUCAUCCACUCAGACACACGACCCUACCCUUGCCAGUACUGCGGCAAGAGGUUCCACCAGAAAUCUGACAUGAAGAAACACACCUACAUCCACACAGGAGAAAAACCACACAAGUGCCAGGUGUGUGGCAAAGCCUUCAGUCAGAGCUCCAACCUGAUCACGCACAGCCGCAAGCACACCGGCUUCAAACCCUUCGGCUGCGACAUCUGUGCCAAGGGCUUCCAGAGGAAGGUGGACCUGCGCAGGCACCACGAGAGCCAGCACACACUAAAAUGAGAAGGAAGGACUCAGAGAAGGAUGUGACAGUGGGACACAGCUGUGUGUUUACCUGCUCCUGGAUCAGUCUUGACCCCUGACCCCUCUCCUCAGGCUAGCGGGGGUGG